GGCGCUAAAAAGACGCGGCUUCGAGAAAACCAAAUACCUGCUGUGUUUACUACAUUUUUCUUUGGAAUUAUUCAAAAAUUCCAGCGUAUCUAGCGUCCCAAGAAGUUUCACAGGAAUUUUCUGUAACUUCUACUGUUAUCUAACUCUUCUUGUAGAAGACAUGGAAAAUUUUGAUCGGCCAUGACGUCAAUAGAAGCCCUUUCGCCGACUUACAAGGAAGAAGAUUUCAAGGAGUUGAAAGAACGGCUCGAGCCUUUAUUUGAAGCUGAUCCAUCGAAGGCACAAACUGAUGCUUGCCUCAAGAGAUUUCUCAAGGGAUUUCAAGAUGUUGACGAAGCAUGCAAAGCGCUUUUAAAGUACAUAAAAUGGAGGGAGGACUAUGGGGUCGACUACCUUAGCAAUGACGAUGAUGUUAUGCAAGAAGUAAAUACCGGAAAAGCAGUGGUUUUGGAUUUUCCUGACAAGACAAAUAGACCAAUAAUUGUAGUAACUGCGAGGCUUCAUGAUGCUAGAGAUCGAGAUAUUGAAGUUGUCACAAAGUUCAUCAUUUAUACAUUGGAAAUGGCUACAAGAAAGUGUGAUGAAAGCAUCAUUGACAACAUCUGCAUUGUAUUUGAUUUAAAGGACUUUUCACUUUAYAACAUGGACUACGGGUUUGUAAAGCAGCUCAUAUGGCUUCUGACCAGAMGAUUUCCAGAAAGACUAGGARCGUGUCUCAUUGUCAAUGCUCCGUUUAUCUUUAGUGGUUGUUGGUCAUUAAUCCGACUGUGGAUAAAUGAAGUUACUGCAAGCAAGAUCUUAUUUAUAAAAGAUGAAAAACAUCUGUCUGAGUUUAUUCCUCUCAAUAUUUUACCAAACACCUUGAAACAGCAGUGACAACCUACGUUACAUAGCAAUCCAUAAGGAUUGAAAUAGACCUUUGUAAUUGAGAUAUUACAUUUGGCUAUGCUUGUUUAUAACACCCUUAUAGACCAGCCUGACAUUCCUAACUAUUUCUUGAAAAUAAACCUUUUUUAUCUCUGCAUUAGUAUUUGUAAGUUUUGAUCCUGCUAGUAUAAUUUUUUAAAUUUUGGAAUUUUGUACAACUUGUCAACAGUAUUACUGUGAAAACAGCCCAGAAUUCACUUGAAUCGUAUAUAUUUGUUAAUAUGGUCUUUGCACCAUAGUAUUGUAUUAUAAGUAUUUGAGUAAUACCAAGAUUUUUUUUUUGGUUUUAGGAAAAAAUUGACCUUGUUUAACAAUCUAAGUAAUUCUAUGUUUUUAUCAUUUUUAAUUGAAUUAAACAAAUCCUAGCUAGUGAUGACCAUAAAAGUUUUAAAUAUUUGAAAUAUACUUUAACCAUUUUAGUCUUUUAAAAACGUUCAUAUUUAAUACCAAAUAAAGUACUAUGCAAUUCAUACUU